UUGGCUAUACUUUUAUAUUGCGCCGUGUCUCGCGAAUCUGCGAUCUCUCAACGUUUGCGCUCGCAGAAGCAGCAGUUUGCUAUAAUCACGAAGCUUGGCGCAUUCGCCGAAGGUAGCAGCACCUCGCGUAUUAUACGCAUACAUAAGUAAUCCGCCUCCAUUUUCUAAGCUUUCGCUCGCUUCGUAUAUAAUACUCGCGGGGCCUGUGUGUGUGCGUGUGCCCGCGAUAAUGUGACACAUCCAUCGCGUAUGUGUGCAGAUAUGUUUGUGUUUUUGUAUAUGUGUGCUGCUGCUGCUGCGUGAGCGUAAUGUGUAACAGUAGAAUCGCUGCUGCUGCUCAGCCAGCCUCAGGCACGCUUAUACUCGCGACGACGCGAUAUUUAUCAGUCGUGUGUUGGCAUUAGCAUCCCGACGAACGAACGAUAUUUCGUGGUAACGUUCGCUGCUGCUGCGCGUCUGUUAUUCAGCCGCGAGAGGCUCCGAAGUGUGCGAACGAGAGGUGCAGUUCAUUAAGAUAUUGUCGAGUGACGCUCUCGAUUCAUCAUCGACGCGUAAUUUCUCGCGCGUGUGUCAUUCCUCGUUUUUUUGCUGCUGCUGCAUCGUUUGCUCCUUUUUGUGUUGCUGUCUCGAUGUGCGCGCAUCCAUCCGUCCGUUUGACGUAGUUUGCUCUCUCGAGAGGACGUGAAUUGAUUAUCAGCUGUGUGCGGUGACAGGCAGAGGCAUAAGCGUUGUGAAAAAAAGGACAUUGGGGCAAUUUCCUUCCCGUUGAAACCUUUUGCAACGAUUUAUUUAUGAUAUAUACAUUUUAUAGCAGAAAUCGUGUGGCUAUCGUUGUAUAAUGUAUAAAAAGUGCUUCGCUUGUUGGAAGCUCAUAAAGUAGAGCCUAUAUAUCGAUCCCUCUCUCUCUCUCUCUCUCUCUCUCUUGCUCUCUUAUAUACUGCGGGUAGGUAGGUAGUCCUAUACCUAUACACCUGUGUGUUAUACCAAUCGACUAUCGUUCGACGUUUACUAAGGUUGCGUUAGCUUAUAAUAUAUACUAUAUAUAGUCUGUGCGUGAGUUUCUGUCUGAGUGUGCAUGAUACAUUCUCUCUCUCUAACCCACCUUCUCUGGUGAAGUACUACAAUUGCUGCUCUGCGUGCUUGACUGUCAGCAUUACUACUACUACUACUACACACGCAUAUAUAAAUAAAAUAUAUACAUAUUGCUGCUGCGAGGAGCAACUAAUACAACGACGUUCGGCAGCUACUCCAUAAAGCAUACUUUUAUAACGUAGAGUUAUGCGUGGAUUUAUCUUGACGUGAGCCGCCUGCCUGCAGUUAAGUGCCACCACCGCUCUCGCUCACUCUGCAUCGACACAUAUAUAUAGCUGCAUCUCGACAACCCCGAGGGGAUUGUGCAAGAAGAAGAGGAAGAAUAUUGUAUAUUUUUAUCGUCGACUUUUACAAAACAAGCAAUAAUACAACAUGAUGGAGGUUGACUCGUCGACGCCUCAAUUCAACAACAAGGAUGACGAGGUCCAAUACUGGAUGGAUCUUGCGCAUCAGCUGCAACAAAGGAAAGACGAUGUGGAGCGAGAACUCGAGGAAUUUCAAGAAAACUCACAACUCCUAGAGAAAGAAUUGGAGGCAUCGCUCGAGCAGGCCGAAAAAACGAAUCUAGAACUGCGCCAAAGAAAUAAUCGAUACGUCUCAGAGAUCGAGCAAUUAAGGAGCCGCCUGGACCAACACACUAUCGAUUGCUCUGUAUUUCAGACCAGGGCUCAAGAAUUAGAAGUACAAAAUAAUCAAUUACUCAAAUACGUCAGAGAGCUAGAACAAAAAAAUGACGAUUUAGAAAGAGCCCAUAGGGUAAGCAAAGUCACAGAAGAAGAAAUGGAGGCUAAAUUUAAUUCUGCUAUUGAAAAGACUGCACUUUUAGAGUCAGAACUAGAUGAAAAAGAAACACUCAGAGCUACCAUUCAACGAUUAAAAGAUGAAAUCAGAGAUUUAAAGCAAGAGUUAAGUAUUCAAGUUCGGCAUCAAGCUGAUAAUGACAAAUCUGCUGCUGUUGAAAAGUCGCGGAAUUAUAUAGAUAGUAAUAAGUUGUUAGUUGAACUGGAAACUCAAACUCCACCGGCCAGCCCAAUGAAUGUUUCUACAAAUCUACCAACAACAAAUGUAACCUCAUCUCCAAUGAAAAUUGGAAAUGGCAUGGGAGGUGUGAAUGGUAACAAUAUCAACAAUAAUAUCAAUCAACCUCCUUUGGCGCCAUGUACAAGAAUACUGGCUAUGAACAUGAUUGGUGACCUCAUGAGAAAAGUUGGGGCAUUGGAAAAUAGGCUGAGCACUUGUAGAAAUAACUCUUCAAGAGAAGAUCCGACUGUGCGUGACCUCUACAGGAAUAGAAGGCAACCACGAACCACCACGGCAGUAGGGAACAACAACCAUAUAAGAUAUUAAGCGCGUUAAAAUCCGAAAUCUCAUCAUCCUCAUAGGAAAUAAAUUAUGAUUUGUUCAUGUUCACUCGCGCCAAAAGAAAAAUUUCUCUAAUUGUAUAUUGUUACUGUAAAAAUAUGAUUUUUUUAAAAAUCUUAAUAGAUGUUUGUUGUAGGCAAUCAAAAGAUUUGCAUUGUAACUUUUGUUAAAAUUUUCGGAAAACUGGCAUUUCCACUUAACGACAACGCCUGUGUUUUAGUUGUAAAAUUCCAAAUAAUUUGGUAAUACAUAAUAUGUAUCAGCUAAAACCACAAAAAAUAUUUUGUAAAAUGCGUUGGGAAAUUUUAUUAAUUUUUCAAUUAUGUUCGCAAUGCUUAAUCGAAUGGUUAUAUGAUAAAUUAGACAGAGUGCAAAUGAUUUCUUUACCUCGUUUCGUACGAUCACGUUGUAGAAUCGACUAAGAAUGCAGUUUAUUAGUAUAACUUUCUGUAAGACUAUUUUAUAAAAACGUAAAAAUAGUUUUUAGUUCUCUUGAUAAUUGAUAAUGGAGCAGCCAAAAAUUAUAGUUAAAAGAAUAAACUUGUAAACAUGAAUUAUUUCUGAUAACUAGCAAUUGUAUAUAGAUAGAAACUAUAACUCGAUAAAGAAGUGAAAUGUAUUGAAAACUGUAAAUUACAAGCAAAUCGGAAUCACAUCACUUUGUUAAUGGAAGAAAAUUAUUUUCAUGUAGAAAUAUAUUUAAAUACGCAUUGGCUAAUAAACAUUUUUGUCUCUUUCUAAAUUGAAAGAAACAAUUAAUUGCAUCUUAAA